AAUGGGGAAGUAUCGCUCCCAUCUCCGCUCACUGGGAAAAUGUUUGUGCUUGUUGGCGCUGGAGGGGCUGGAAGAGCACUGGCAUUUGGUGCUAAAAACAGAGGAGCGAGGGUUCUCAUUUUUGACAUUGAUUUUGCCAGAGAAAGGUGCAAUCCUUGCUAAUGCAACACCAUUGGGAAUGCAUCCAAAUACAGAUCGAAUUCCUGUGGCCAAGGGGACUUUGGGUGAUUACAAAGUUGUCUUUGAUGCCGUUUACAUGCCUAGAAAAACCACCCUGUUAAAAGAAGCUGAGGCUGCUAGAGCCAUCAUUGUCAGUGGAGUUGAAAUGUUCCUCCGUCAAGCCAUUGAACAGUUCAAUCUCUUCACUGGUAGGAAAGGUACCUUCAAUUUCUUUCCCUUUUAAAUAUUAUUUUUUCCC